UGCUCUCAGUAUCAGGCUGAGUGUGAUCGAAUCGGGAGCCUAACCUAGAAACCUGCUAACUGAGACACAGCAUCGUUCCGAGGAGAUGGCGAAAGGCAGCAUGCACAGCAAAUAUUGAUUCCUUUUGGGCAAUGGGAUAAACUGUGGUGAUUGGAAAUCAAGGAACAAAGAGAAAAACAAAGUGGAUAAAAACUAACUACUGGGUAUAAGGAUUUUUCAAAAAGAAAAAAAACAGAGAAGAGAUUGCAUUACCUUAAGGAUAUUUCUGAAGUAAGGAAAAUGUGCAAGUCUGAAGGUGGAUGAUAUCAGGAGAUGAAAUACAGGAAUAUUAAGGUAAUGAAGAUUCAGCAACUUAAAAGCAGACUGUCAACAUUCUGGUUUUCGUACACAAGGACACAGUGAAACCACAGCUGGGCGGAAUAUUACACAUGGAGCUAUCUUUUUAAACCCACAGAUCUCUUUCAUAUCACUAAGUAUUCACAAAAUAUCACACUUUUUUAUUUGUGAUUUCCUAAUGAACUGGACCUAAACUGCAGCAUAUCCAAUGGCUACAUUAAUAAUGAAUAAAUCAAUGGGAGAUGUAUUAAGAAUUCCAAACUGAUUAUAGCACAAAGUCAACAGGAAAAAUAUAUUUUCUGGAGUUCUUUAGGACAGAUCGAGUGUAGUUUUCAGCUUCACUUCAGAUUUUGGAUUACACUUGGAUAUACUCUUACUUGGCCAAUGCAAUACCGCAAAAGGAAUACUUCUAGCGAAGAAGUGACUUUUCACAUUUGGUGGAAUCUUUGUAAAUUGCAUGAUGAUGUUAACAUUAUAAAAAGUAUGGGUGCAGCACUUCCUCAUGAUACAUUAUAAUGAUUAAGAAAAUUACUGAAACUGGGGUACAGCCAAGUACCAGAACCUCCAGAGUGAAGAAUGGCUUAUACCUUGUCAUUUCAAUGGGAAAUACUGGAGCGGAGCAUAGUUACGUCACAGUUAAAGCCGUAUUUGGCUUCUUUGCAAUAUGAUCUGAAGAAAGAGAUUAGUAAGUCUCAUAAAGAUAAAUAUCAGAGUUCACGUAGCAUCCCCUUACAGUAUCAGAAUAGGAAUUACAUCAUGGCUCAAAACAUCAGCUUUCUUCUAUACAGCUGGGAUAGCAACUGUACUAUUUGAAAAAAAAAAAAGAAAUCCCAACAAUAGAGAAAUGCUAGUGCAAGGCUUUUUUAGGUAUACAAUGCCUAAACAGGCAGACUAUAUUUUUUAUAAAAUGCUGCCUAUUUUCUUUGUAUGAAAUACAGAUUACCAUUACAGAGUCUACAUUAAAAAUAGUGAUGUAAAAAUACUUUAAUCAAACCUUCACCAAACCCAUCUGCUACCAAAUCGUCCUUCCAGUACCAAAAGAAAAGGAUUCUUUUAGUCAUCAAGUUACCAGCUACCACUUCAACCUAGUUAUUUUUAGCUGUGAAGGAAAGUAUUGAAUAAUUUUGCCAAAGGAGCAUAGGCCUCAUAGUGCCAUGUUUCACGUGAAUGAAAAUUCGCUAGACAUUUCAGCACCCGUUUUACUUCUUAUUAAUUACCCAGCUGUCUUAUUUCCUCUUAUUAUCCUUCUAGGAUCUGGAUCACUGUUCCUAAAUAAUAGUUUAUUACAAUAAGCAAACUCCAGUAAGGCAAUAUCCACCAUCUGAUGGUGGGAUCUUAUACACCAGCACUGCAGUGUUCUGAACAGAAUAAAUCUACAUUUGAUAACUAUACAUUAUGGAAUGUAGUACCAAGUCUGAUAAUUAUGUUUGAGACUGCUAAAUGGGAUCAGCAACGCUGCCAUCUUAAAAUGUAAGGAAUAUGAAAUCUUAAGCCUUGUGGACUGUUGUUGUACAUAUCAAAAGGGACUUUGAGUGCAGCCUUCAGAAGGGUUGUAGCAAUGAACCUCCAGGGCUACCUGCGGAGUACUUUUUUGGUCUUGGGUUUAUUAAAGCAUUCUGGAACUUUCUGCAUGGAUACCAAGCUCAAGUCGGGAACACAAGAAAGUCAGAAUGAUCCAUCACAUGAAAGGGUAAAAAGAGGAUGGGUGUGGAACCAAUUUUUUGUAGUGGAGGAGUAUACAGGCACUGAACCACUGUAUGUUGGCAAGAUCCAUUCAGAUUCAGAUGAAGGAGAUGGGUCAAUCAAAUACACAAUCUCAGGAGAAGGAGCUGGCACCAUUUUCAUCAUUAAUGAGAUUACAGGUGAUAUCCAUGCAACGGAGCGUCUGGAUCGUGAACACAAGACCACCUAUACCCUACGUGCACAGGCUAGAGACAAGCUGACAAGUGAGCUGCUGGAACCUGAGUCAGAAUUUGUAAUUAAAGUUCAAGACAUCAAUGACAGUGAGCCUAAGUUUUUGUAUGCGCCAUAUAUUGGAAGUGUGCCAGAGCUGUCACCUGUAGGUACUUCAGUAAUGCAGGUGACAGCGAGUGAUGCUGAUGAUCCAACAUAUGGCAGUAGUGCAAGGAUCGUUUAUAGCAUUGUUGAUGGAGAAAACCACUUCACCGUAGACACAAAGACAGGUGUGAUUAGGACAGCUGUGCCAGAUCUGGACCGUGAAGCCAAAGAUCGAUAUGAACUGGUUCUCCAGGCAACUGACAUGGCAGGCCAGAUGGGGGGACUGUCUGGUUCGACUACUGUGACCAUCGUAAUUACAGAUGUCAACGAUAACCCACCCCGCUUUCCUCACAAAUUGUACCAGUUCAGCAUUUCUGAAGCAGCAAAACCAGGGACUCCUAUUGGGAGAGUGAAAGCAGAAGAUGCUGACCUUGGUGAGAAUACAGAUAUGACUUACCUGAUCAAGGAUGAGGAAGGGGCAGAGUUGUUUAAAGUGCUAACUGAUAGCAACACUCAAGAAGCCAUCAUCACAGUCAGAAAGCCCUUGGACUAUGAGAGCAAGAAGAUACACAGUGUGGUUAUAGAGGCCCUAAAUAAGUACGCUGAUCCCCGGUUUGUAGAUCUUGGCACAUUCCAGGACCAGUCCAUUGUGAGGAUUACAGUGACGGAUGUGGAUGAGCCCCCUGUAUUUAAGUACCCAUCACAAGUUAUUGACGUGCAGGAGGAUGUCCGAGUUGGCACUGUAAUUGGAGUCAUCACAGCUCAAGAUCCCGAUGUGGCUAACAGCCCAGUCAGGUAUGCCAUUGAUCAUGACAGUGACACAGAAAGGAUGUUUGAGAUUGAUGCAGUCAGUGGUGCAAUUACCAUUACAAAUAUCCUGGACCGAGAAACAGCUGGAUGGCAUAACAUCACUGUGCUGGCAAUGGAAGCAGGUAAUCAAUCCCAAGUAUCUAAAACGGCAUUAAGCAUAAGAAUUCUGGACGUCAAUGACAAUCCCCCUGAACUGGCUAAGCCUUAUGAGACAAAAAUAUGUGAAGAUGCAAAAUCUGGAGAGCUUAUUCACACCAUUAGUGUAGUGGAUCGGGAUGAACCCCAGAGCGGGCAUCAGUUUUACUUCACAUUGGCACCAGAGGCAACUAACAAUCACCAUUUCACAUUAUGGGACAUCAAAGAUAACACAGCAGCAAUUCGGAUACAAAGAACUGGUUUCAACAGGAGGGAGCAAGACACCUUCUUUCUGCCAAUCUUAGUUGUAGACAGUGGUCCUCCAGCUCUCAGCAGUACGGAGACCUUUACAAUUCGGGUGUGUCGAUGUGACAACUUGGGGAUUAUACAGUCCUGCAAUACUACUGCUUACGUCAUGUCAGCUACACUGAGUCCUGGUGCUCUCAUUGCUUUAUUAGUUUGUGUUCUCAUCCUUAUAGUGCUUGUUCUUCUAAUUUUGACCCUGAAGAGACACCGUAAGGAGCAUCAUGUUCCAGAGGAUGAGGAAGACAUGAGAGACAAUGUCAUUAAAUAUAAUGAUGAAGGAGGUGGUGAGCAGGACACUCAAGCCUAUGAUAUGACAACACUACGGAGCCUUUAUGACUUCACAGAACUUAAAGCAAAUGAAGGAGGAGGUGGAGGAAGCAGCAGUGUAGCAACUGAACUGCAUUCAUUGCCACAGUGGUCUCAGAACCCAGAAGCAGACUUCUAUAUGUUCAGGCACUAUAUUAGGAAAAAAGUGGAACAGGCAGAUGAGGACCAGUCUGUUCCCCCUUAUGAUUCCUUUCAGACAUAUGCUUUUGAAGGUUCUGACUCACCUGCACAGUCAUUAAGCUCAAUAAAUACUUUGUCAACCACUUCUGAGCAGGACUUCAGCUACCUCAGUGACUGGGGACCACGUUUUCGACAGCUGGCAGGACUUUAUGCUGGCCAUCAUGAAGAAGAGGUAUCCUAGCAGAUUAAGGAACUCAUGUUUAAGAAAAUGAGUGGUCAGGAAAAUUUCAGGACAUUGUAACUCGUAUGAAGUAGAGCAUUUCUGGCAGUCAUUUCCAAGGAAUUUUCACUUGAACAUUUUCAGUUUUGGCAAGGAGAAAAAAGCAAAACGGCUAUACACUACACUAUCCAGACUGCCAGUUUGACAAUUGUGUGUACUUUUAAUCUACAGAUCCUUACAAAUUAUGUUUUUAAUGAAAAUGAAAACCUUAGGUAAACUGAGGCUUUUAUCUCAGAACUGAUUCCCAGAUUUUAUAAGUGAAGACAUAUUCCUGAUUGACAAGCCAGUAGUGUUUAGCAGUAAGGACAGAGUGGAUCGUGUCGCUUCACUUAACAUUAAUUUUCUUAUAUACAUUAGCAAAGUGGCAAAGGAAAAGGAAGUAAAUGAUUAGUCAUUUAGGCAAUUCAUAAUGACCUUUUCUUCAGUUAUGUAGUACAGGUACCCCAAAUUUAAAGGAUCAGAGAAAGAGAAUCAUUAUAAAUGGCUCCAGAUUUGGAUUGUUACAUGUAUCAUGCCACAGCUUGCCAAAUUCAUCUAGGCAUAGGUCUGGGCUGUGAAGAAGACAUGUUUCAAAAUAUUAGAGGAUUGUUUUAUACCACAUACAAGCAAAUGUAAGAAAGAAGUAUCUCAUCUGGAGUCCGGGCUCACUCGAUAUGGAAUAUUAUUUCUACUGUUUGCACAGUGGUGCUGCAGAUAAUAUUGUCAACUUACAGCAAGAGGUUCCCCACUUCGAUUCUCACCUGGAGUGUCUUCUGUGCGGAAUCUGUAUAUCCUCCCUAUGU